GACUCUGAUUUUGAUAUCUCUUUUUCUUUCUCUUGACUGUGGCCCAUCUGUUAUCACAACAUGACCAGCUACACAGAUAAAGGGGAGAAGCAUGAAAGGGGAAAGUUUGUCAAGUUUCAUCACCUCACCUUCUGGGUCGGCAAUGCUAAACAGGCGGCGUCGUUCUACUGUGAUAAAAUGGGCUUCGAGCCUUUCGCCUACAAGGGUCUGGAGACAGGCAGCAGAAAGGAGGUGUCUCAUGCUAUCAGACAGGAUGAGAUAAUAUUUGUGUUUGAAUCUGCAUUGAAUCCUGGAAAUGAAGAGAUGGGAGAAUACUUCAUUAAACACGGAGACGCAGUCAAAGACAUCGCUUUCCAAGUCGAGGACUGUGACUUCUUAAUCAAGACAGCUAAAGAGCGAGGAGCUGUGGUCGUCAGGGAGCCCUGGGUGGAGCAGGACAGCAAUGGGAGGGUCAAGUACGCUGUGGUUCAGACGUAUGGAGACACAACACACACACUCAUUGAAUACCUCGGACCCUACAAAGGCCUUUUCUUGCCCGGCUACAGAGAGCCUCUGUUCAGGGAUCCUCUGUUAGCCACACUUCCACCAGGAGGUUUGAACUUCAUUGAUCACAUUGUGGGAAACCAGCCAGACGACCAGAUGGUGCCAAUUUCGGACUGGUAUCAGAAAUGUCUGAUGUUCCACCGGUUCUGGUCAAUAGAUGACAAGCAGAUACACACACACUACAGUUCACUGAGGUCCAUCGUGGUGUCCAACUAUGAGGAAACCAUCAAGAUGCCCAUCAAUGAGCCGGCCAUGGGGAAGAAGAAGUCACAGAUUCAGGAAUAUGUGGACUAUAAUGGUGGAGCAGGUGUUCAGCACAUCGCCCUCAACACGUCAAACAUCAUCCUAGCUAUCGUGAACCUGCGAGCCCGAGGGAUGGAGUUCCUCGCUGCGCCUGACAAGUACUACGACAACCUGCGGGUGAAUCUCAGAAACGCCAAGAUCAAGGUGAAGGAGGACUUAGACCGUUUACAGGAAUUGAAAAUCUUAGUUGACUUUGACGACAAGGGCUAUCUCCUCCAAAUCUUCACCAAGCCUGUGCAGGACAGACCGACCCUUUUCCUGGAGGUCAUUCAGAGGAACAACCACUUUGGCUUUGGGGCAGGGAACUUCAAGUCUCUCUUUGAGGCCAUUGAGAAGGACCAGGAUGCCCGGGGCAACCUCACUGUGCUGACACCCCAGGGCCAGGCCGAGGCCUUGUACUGAUGCUCAUCCUGCUGCCGCCGCCAGACCGCACUGAGAGCAUCAGAUAUGGAUGUACCUUUCAACAACGCCAGCAGUAUAUCAAACACAGUCUUCAUGUGACAAGCACCAUCAGAUAGGCUUAAAGCUGUCUGAAGAUUUCAUGCUGUAUUGCUAAAUAAAGAAACUCAUGCCUGUG